CCGGAUCAUGGAACCCACUACCGAUGAGCUCGCCGCGAUCACGUCCAUUGGUGCCGCCAUGGAUUGGGCUGGAGUCCCAGGCGAGGAGUAUCUGGGGAGCGCGUUCCUGACCGUCAUCGGCGCGAACGGUUCGGAGGCUCCACGCCUGCUGGGCACGAUGUCAGAGGCCGAGGUCUUUGGCCACAUCGACAACGUCAAGAACGAGGACGGGACAGCCACGUCGCCCAUACAGCGGCGCGGCCUCGUCCUAGCUUGGCACGCUGCGGCGCUGGCGCGCGGGGCGACGGCCAUAAAGGCAACCACAGCGCAUGCGCAGGCGCAGGCAACUGCCGCGGCGGCGCCCGCCGCCGCUGCCCUCGCGGCGCAGGCGCCCGCGGCGCCUGGCGUUUCGCCGGCAGCGGCGGCAUCGCCAGGCAGCGCGCCGACGACCGGCGAGUUUGAACUCGUCAUCAACCAGGCCAUGAAUGGCACCAUCGCGGCGCUGCCCAAGCCAGACCUCGCAGCACACUUCGCCAAAUACAAGGCGGUGUUCGGACGCAACCCGCUUCCCAAUCAGGAGUGCACGCCCGUGCAGCUCGGCGGGCUCAAGUGCAUGUUGAACGUCGAACUGCUCGGGCCGGGCGAUCUUGACACUUGGCAGGCGGCCUACGAGCUAGCCAUCACGUGCCUGCUGGGGUUCGACGCGGUCGAUCUGGGGAACCUUCUGGUGCGCUCCAAAAAGAUCGCCGAAUUUCGCGAUCUGCAUGGAAAGGCUCGCUGGGCGAUCAUCUACCAAACGGACGUCCGCGCCCGCCUCGAGGAGAUGGAGCGCGUGCGAAGGGAGAUGGAGGACGCGAAGGCCGCCGGCGAGCCCGGGCCCUCGGGCGUCGCGACCGCCUACGACCCCAACCGUCCUUGGAAUUUCGCCUGGGCGGCCAUGACCGAUUACCGGGGCCGCGUCGGGGAGGAGGUCGAGCGCCCGGCGCAGCUCGUGCUCUCCAAGAUGCACAGCUUGGCGGACCACGUCGAGGGCGAUGCCCCGGUGGCGGCGCGCGCCAUGGAAGCUAGCGCAGCCUCCCCGCCGCCUCAGACGACGGGGAAGCGGCCAAGGCCGCCGGCGCCACCGUCGCGCCAGGCGGCGCCCAGGCCGGCCAAGCAGCACCAGGAGACCGUCCAGGGCGCAGUGUGCGCCCGUGACUCGAGUCGGGUCCACCAGUGCGCCAAGUGCCUCUACCGGAAGCACGGCGCCGCGCAGUGCACCGCGGUCCUUCGAGAGUCGGCCUCCUUCGGAGCCAAGGGCAGCGUUCCCGUCUGCGGACACGGCCGCGCGUGCUUGUACAAGUCCGGCCACUUCAGCAUCGCCACGUACCACUACCUGCACAUCAUCAUCACCGACGUGGUCAACGUUCCCCGGCGCGCCCGCGUCGGGGACCGAGUGGCCGAGGGCGUCGCGAGGUCGAUCCAGGCCAAGAUGUAUUCCGGCGCGCGCAUCUCGCCACCGCGCCGCACCUUCGCGGCAGUCUGCGGGGCCGGCGACGGGCGCGGAGCGAGUCAUCGGCCGCUCCGCGGCGCCGAGCCGCCCGACCCGCACGGGCUGCCGGGGCUCUCCCAGGAGAAGGAGGCGACCCGCUUGGAGAUGCUGCCGGCGCUGCGCGCUGUCCAGGUGGCAGGCGUCUGCGCCGACAUCGGGGCGCCGUGGGCCCUCGGGGGUCCGGCGCCCAGGCCGGGCCUCCCAUCUACGUUGAACCUUCCGGAGGUCAAGGCGCUCCUCGAGCGCCCAGGGGCCGCGGACAUCACGCUCGUGCACUGCUGCCUCGGCGCCUCGGCCGCGGAGCCCGCUGCCUUCCGAGGCGCGGUGCGUUUCGAGGGGCUCCCGUCGAGACGCGAACACCCGCCGCGCGCGUGGCGCGCGCCGCUGGGGAAGCUCAGCAGAAUCGUCGGCGAUGGCUUCAUUGCUGCCGCCAUGGCCGCCUCGGCGCCAGACGCCGCGCGCGCCCCGCCGCGCGCGCGAAGCUGGCGGGGGGGCCGCGGCGAGAGUACGCCAGCAGGCGGAACGGCCGUAGCAAUCCCCUCUGGAGGUCAGCCGCCGCCCAGGGCCACCCUGGAGGCGCCGCUUCCGACAGCCGCGUCCGUGGCCGGCAGCCUGGGCGCAGCUGCGCUCGAGCCAGCCCGCGCGCAGUUCCCCGGGCGCCUCCGCGGCGAGCAGCACGACGCCAGGGAGCUGCGGCGGCAACGGGAUCGGGAUUCUCUCGCUGGCCUGCGCAACGCGGCCGACGCAAUGCUGCGCAUCGACGGCCACAGGAAGCUCGGGGCGAUCCUCCGCGGAUUUUUCGACCGCGCGCUGGAUCAAGACGCCGCCCUCGAGGCAUCGCUGCUGCGCGCAGUGGAGCCCCCGCGGCAGAGCGAGGGGGGCCUGGACUCCAGGCCUUCUGAGGCUCAGCUGGACCACGUCCGGUCCCAGCCGGCGAAGGUGUUGCGCGCGGAGGAUGCCCAGGCGGUCGACACCGGCGUCUGCUCCUCACCCAUCCGCGCCUGCCUACUCCACAGGUGGGCGCAAGCGGCGUCGGAUUCAGGCGCCGCAGUACGCCGCUGGCCGUGGGCGGGGGGCCCAGCUGGCAUUGAGGAGGACCCCGCGGCAGCCGACGCGAUCUCCCCAGGGGCCGACUCCGCCGCUCCGCCGGACGACCCGUCGGAGGCGUGCGACGCGCCAGAGGAGUUCCUGAACUAUUCGAGCUUCGACCAUGACCCAGCGGCCCAUGCCGAGGUCCGCAAGUUCAUCGACGCUGGGUACUUGCAUGUGCGCGGCGACCUCCCAGCACUCAGGGAGCACCUCAAGGCCGAGCCCGUCAUAUCUCGCUUCGCGGUCAGAGUCAAGGAGAAGCGCGGCCGGGUAAAGCGCCGCAUCGUCCUUGACUUGCGGCAGUCUGCCGUCUCGCGCUGCACGCGCAAGACCCAUCGCGCGGUGCUCCCUCGAGGGUCAGAUGCGGUGCGGGACGCGCUCCUGCAUCUUGCCGCCCGCCGCGAGAAGGUCGCCGCGGGGUGCCCCGAGCGCGACGCGGAGUACUUCGCGCACGAUUUCGUGUCCCUCUUCCUGCAGGACGCGUCCAGGGGACCGCCGGCCCGCGCCCAGCUCUACGUGGACGACCCCGACACGUGCCUGCGUGGCAGCAAGAAGGAGCGUGACCGCAUCAUCGCCAUCACGAUCCUCGUCUGGCGAGUGCUGGGCUUCCCCCUGGCCUUCGCAAAGGCCCAGCGGGGUGAGCUCUCAGCCCUGGUCGCCAAGUACCCGGCAGGAAACGCAUUGUCCAUCAAGGGGCUUAGCUCGUUCAUCGGGCUCGCCAGCCACUUCGCCACGGUGCUGUGGGUAUGGGGGCCGCUUCUUUCGGAGCUCUGGGCCGCCCUGCAUGCUGGUCUGGCCGGCAACGCGGGCAACGCGCCGCCAGGCUGUAUCUGGAUUCGGGUCAUUGAGCACGCUCUCUUGUGGCUCAGGGCGUUUUUGUCUGGUGUUCGCAGUGCCGUGACGAGAGUCUAUCUCUUGGACGCUUACCUCGGCCUCGACAAGGAGCUGCGCAUCGUUGGGGGCGCGUCUCCCUGGGGCAUGGGGGCCUACCUGCUCUUCGGUGGCCAGGUCGUCUCGUGGUACUCCAUGGCGGUCACGGACUUCGAUGCCAAGCUCUUCCAGCUGGAGAUCGGCCCCCACCUGGGCCAGCAAGUGUGGGAGACGCUGAAUUUCCUCAUCGCCCUGAGGGUCUGGAAGGACUCCUGGUCGCAGACCCGGGUAAUGCUCGAAAUUCGCUCGGACAACGUCACGGCCCCCAGCGUGAUUCCCGGGCUGCGGGGCAAAGGAUUCGCGUUGAACCUCAUUGCAAGGGAGCUUGCAUUGGACUUGGGGGAUGGGUCCUUCCAUCCAGACGUGUUCGUCCACAACCCUGGGGUCUCCUCCAAGGUGGCGGACGCCCUCAGCCGGAAGCAGCAGCCCGGCGUUGAUCUCGUGGCCCCCACCAUCCCCGCGGAGGUUCCCGAGAUCAUCCCCCCACCCCGCACGGUGGAUUUCUCCCUCACGCUGGACACCGCCGCGCUGCAGGUGGCCGUCGAGAAGGGGGCGGUGUCGGAGUACUUCGACGAGCUGGCGACGGCGGAACUGGUGCGCUACCCGCCUGGGUUCGGGCGCUUCGGCGUGGGUGGCAUAUUGUUUGGCAGCGCCUGCCGCAGGGCAGCCGAUCUCCCGCUGGACCAGGUGGCCCCCCUCCGCCUCGGCGACGAACCCGUCGCCGCUGGAGGGUAUUGUGGACCUGGCCGGGCCAUUGAGGCAGGGGGCCUAUUCUGCACCAGGGAGAUCGACUUGUCGCUGGCGCUCCGCAGCCAUGUCACGCUCGAUCCAGCCAGGCAGGCGGUGGACUGGACGCUGCCGUUCGCGAAGACCGACCAUCGAGUGGCCAAGGAGGCGGCGGUCCGCAGCGUCGAGGCGGUAGCCGGCCUCAUCGGCCUCGACAUCAUGGAGCUGGGUGGUUACCGGCGCUGGGGCGGUCAUUCGCUGCGUGUUACUGGCGCCCGGUGGCUGGCCCGACAGGGGGUCUCCCUGCCAGUCAUCCGACUCCUUGCCAGAUGGAGUUUGGACGUCGUUCUUCGCUACGUUGCUGAAGUCCCAUUGGUGAAUUUGGCGCAGGAGUACCGCCCCGCGCAGGCCGCACACGAGUUCCACGAGGUCAUCCGCGCCGCCCGGCUGACAGCCGAGGAGGCCACGCAGUCUCUGGCAGCAGUGCGGCGGGAGGCAUCCCACUCAGACGCAGAGCGCGCGGAGCUGCGCAACUUCUUGGGCCACUGCAGUGCGGUCCUGCGCAAACGGGGGCCGCUGUGCGCCCGCUCGGAUUCCGGGGCGGUUCACAUCCCGGCCAGCACGCAGUUCGCGGACCUUCCCGUUUUCAGGUGGAAGGCGCGGUGCGGCUGGUGCUCCGGCCUCGCCGAGUUCACGUACUUGGACGCCCUGGGGGAGGCUCUGCUAUGGCGCAAUGACCUGGGUGAGGUACCGCCUGGAGCGAAGCAGCGCCCCCCUGGUAUCAUUGUUGUCGAUUCGGGGGCUUUUGUACGCGGUGCCGAGCACUGGUCGGUGCAUAUGCAGGAUGGGCUCCAAGCGGUGUAUGAGAGGACGGGGCAGCGCUGUAUUUUGGUGGCUCGCGGCGGCCUCGCGUUCUGCAAUGAUUGGGAUCCAUCCCGGACGUAUCACCACGUACUUCACUGCAUCACGGCGCGCUGUGAGGCGCCGCGAUUCGUGGUAUGGAUAUCCCUGGGGAAUGAUCUCUACCCACCUCGGGCCGACAUGCGGGCGUAUGAGCCUGGGCUGCUCGGCGCCGUGGGGUCAUUUCUCACCCAGGCUUUCGCGUAUUGCCCUCAGCAUUGCUUCCUGUAUGGGGGUUCCAGUGAGGUGUGGCAGUACGCCAAGCACUUCGACUGUUUGCAGAUUGCGUAUUCUGGUUUGAACUUCAUUCGCACUCUUCGCAGGGCUCGCACACGACGGCGCCUUGUUGCAUUUGCGGAGAAGUGGGCGCACGUAGUAUCGGGGCUUCAGCGUCCCCGUGUGGAGGGCGUCUCGGUCGCGAGCGCUGACAUCAUGGCCAUGGGGGACAGUAUCCCGGACUAUGUGGCCGUGGCUGUUCAGAAGAACCAGGUGAAGAUGGCAGGUCAGUAUAACAGCAUGGACUGUAUGCGGUGUUUUAUGCACAUGCUUGAGUUUUGCAUGGGCUGCACGCCAACGGAGUAUACCGAGGAGCUGCAUCAGUGGUUUCUGAAGCGGCAGUGUCGGAAGUAUGGACGCGAUGCUGCGGCGGAGCUCGCGUAUUUUGGCGCGCUGUCCUGCGACAGUAUGACCGCAGCAUUGGGCCGUAUGAGGACGGCUCUAAACACCACGUCUCAAGUGAGUGCCGCGACCAUGUAUGUAUUGUUCUGCGAGACGCGGCAGGCUAUCAACAGGUAUUCGCUGCAUGGUCUUUGGUACCUCAUUGAGCUGUAUGACAAGAGCAAGUCUGUGCGGGUUGAAUUGGACGGCAUUCCAGAGUUCCGUGCGCUGGCGAGUUGUCUGAGCGUUGUGACUCAGAAGGCCGCGAAGGGUCUGGGUAUCAAGUGCGCGAAGUCGCAUACUAAGAAGAAGCUCGCGGUGCUGGUGAAGCGAGCGGCGCUCUCGGGCGCCCUGGCCUCCGCGGAGAAGCCGAAGGACCAGAAGAAGCGGGAGUGGCUGAAGGUAUUCGAGACGUUGCCGUCGCAGUUGCUCAACGCAUACGGGCCUUCCAAGUUCGCGAAGUUAUCGGACAAGCAGGUAUGGGCCGAGAUGCAGGAGCCGCUGAAGAGUGGGGCCGCAUGGAUGUCGGAGAUGCGCAGCAAGGAGCCGGAGCGGAGGGGUGUCGGUAUUAACCGUUUCAUUCACGCGAUGAAGACCUUCUGCGAGUAUCAACGGGAUCCCUCGGUACAGGCGGCGAACAAGGCGGUAUUGAAUCCGAACAUGUAUGAGGAGUUCUACAAAGAGAUUGAGCUGAUACUGCCGUCCUUGCAGUAUUGCCUGGCACCCAAGAAGCAGUAUGAGAAAAAGGGUGCUGCCGCCCUGCGUGCGAGCGGCAUGGACGCAGCAGUGCUGCCGGACACGAAGACUGAGCCGGAGUUGGACCAGCAUGCGAAGAAAGUGUAUGAGUGGCUCGACAAGUAUCACGGGAACAGUUUUCACGGAGCUGGUCCAACGCAGCAGGAGGUAUCAUUUCAAGAGUUCCAGGCUGCUGUGAAGCUCCGUCAUACGUUGGGCCACAACGGCAUUGACGUGGAGUCGGUGGGCGCGCAG